AUGCAUGCCCAUGGCAGACUAGACCAGAAGCCUAUUUGGCCAGCCCAUCCAGUUGACAGCCUUGCAGAUUCACUUAGUCGCAAUCAAGGAAUUUCUGCAAUUUAUCAUCCUUUAAUUAACUGUGUUCGUUUCCAGAAUUAUAUUGGGAAGUUGAAUCACAAGAACACGCCAGAUUUCGUGAUGGAGUUCGAAAAGGAACAUCAAGUGAAAUGGCUGGAUAUUCACCAGCGAGUUAGAAAUAUGAUUCGAGCAGUAUUUGAAUCAGCUGCGAUGGUACACCCAGAAAUGCAUAGUUCAUAUUCGAGGGCAAUGUACGGUGUCGAUGUAAUGCUUGACAGCACCUUUCAGCCUAAGCUAUUGGAGGUUACCUACUGCCCCGACUUUACUAGAGCAUGCAAAUAUGAUACAAGAGCAUUAGGGGGCGGUGAUGCUAUUAGAGGUAAAGAUUUUUUCAAUUUGGUGUUUGGUUGUCUCUUCCUGAAUGAAUCCACUCAUGUUUCGUUACUGUAAUCACAUUAUCAAUAGUCAAAUGUCAGAGUUGUAUUCACAUCAAGGAUUCAGAGUCGGUGUACCUGAUCAUAUAUCCCCAUUUCGGCCAACACCAGUCACCACUGAAACCGGAUCAUAUCACCUGAUUUUGGGCCGAGACAGUUGUGUAUUGCUUCUUCUUCUUCUUCUUCUUUAAUUUUUUUUACACACACCCCCACCCCCACCCCCACACACGCAAACACCAUACGGGCACUCGAUCCCAUGAUCCCAGAUUCCCAGUGUUGAAACAGAGUCUGUCUACCACUGAGUCAUGGAGCCGAAUCUGUUGUGUAUUGCUUGAUAUGUACUGGUUUCAGACCAUAAUUUAAACCUUGAUUCACAUUGAA